AUGCCCAGAGAUCCUCUUAUCGGUAUUGUUGGUAAACCGUCUUCGGGGAAAUCAACUACAUUGAACUCUUUGACAGAUGCAGCGGCUGCAAUGGGGGCAUUUCCCUUCACAACUAUCGAUCCCAAUCGUGCUACUGGAUAUGUCCAGAUAGACUGCGCAUGUUCACGAUUCGGGUUAGAAAAACUUUGUAAACCCAAUUAUGGCUGGUGCUUGAAUGGUAAGCGACACAUUCCUAUUAUGUUGCUGGAUGUAGCUGGUUUAGUUCCUGGUGCGCAUGCCGGUAGAGGACUUGGUAAUAAGUUCUUGGAUGAUCUGAGACAUGCGGAUGCAUUGAUUCAUGUUGUAGAUGUAAGUGGAACCACCAACGAAGAGGGUAAAAAUACUAGAGGAUAUGAUCCAAUGCAGGAUAUUGAGUGGCUUCAAGAUGAGAUUCGACUCUGGAUUGAAGGUAAUUUGAAAAAGCGUUGGGGUUCGAUUGUGCGCAGGCACACGGCUACCAAAUCUAGUAUUGUGGAUACAUUGCAAAGUCAAUUUGGUGGCUACGGGUCGCAUGCGCCUAUGAUUCGGAGAGCUUUGGAUAGAAUAGAUGAUUUACCGCCUUUGGAUAAGUGGGAUGAUUCGUGGAUCACCAAAGUUGUGACAUCUUUCAUGAAGGAGAAAUUUCCAACAGUUUUGGCGCUAAAUAAGAUGGAUCACCCAGAUGCGGAUAAGAAUGUUUCUAAGAUUAUGCUGAAAUAUCCAGAUACUAAAGCCGUACUGACAAGUGCUAUAACGGAACUAUUUCUAAGAAAGCUGAAGAAGCAGAAAUUCAUUUCUUAUGAGGAAGGUUCGGAAUUCGUCGAUACGUAUGAGGAUGAUCCAGAGAAUUUAAGGCCAUUAGAUGAAAAAACAAUGAAUAGGAUUGAAAAUAUAAGAGAUUUGGUGCUUUACAGAUUUGGCUCUACUGGUGUCGUACAGGUUUUGCAAGCCGCUACAGAGGUUUUGAAUCUGAUGCCAGUAUAUACCGUCAGAAAUAUUCAAACAUUUACGGGCGGUAAUGGACAAAACGUUUUCAGAGACUGUUUUUUGGUAAAAAAGGGUACAUCAGUUGCGAAAGUCUCCAAAUACAUUAUGGGCACGGAAUUAACUGUUGCUGCAAUUGAAACGGUCGGGGGAGUUAGAGUGAGUGAAGAUAGUUUAGUUGAACCAGGUAAGAACGAUAUUCUAAGUUUUAAGAUUGCACCAAGAAGCAAAGAAUAA